AUGGGCGAUCCAAGCAAACGUGAAGAGUUACAAGCUCUCCUUCAAGAGGCGCAAGCUGCCAACGAAGCACGAAUAACAGAAGCAGUGGCACAAUCUGAAUCAAGGAUGGUUAAUCAGCUGCAACAAUUAUCGUUACAAUUGCAGGAGUUCAUUGUUGGGUUUAACAAAAAUCAAGGAAAGGAUUCUGAUGCUGGAGCAAGCAGCAAUGUAGGUAACCAACCCUACAGACCAGAGAAUCGGCCUAAUCAGCUGACAGGAAAUAGUGUAGUACCAAGGUACACUAAGCUGGAUUUUCCUACUUUUGACGGAUCUGAAGACCCAUUGAUUUGGCUACACCGUUGUGAGAAAUUCUUCUCCAAUCAGAGAACAAAUGAAGUAGAUAAGGUGGGAUUGGCAGCAUUCCAUCUUUUAGGUGAGGCACAAUUAUGGUAUCAUCAAGUGGAACAAGAGUAUCCCUCUGUUGAUUGGUCUGAAUUCAAAGAAUAUUGUGCUCUCAGGUUUGGGCCUCCACUGGGCAGUAAUCCACUAGGUGAUCUGGUUAACCUUAAGCAAACAGGCUCAAUUGAAGAAUAUCAGCGCCCAUUUCAAGAACGGUUAGUUAGGGCCAGUAAGUGUGUUCGUGUUGACCAGCAAGUUAGUCUUUUCACUGCCGGGCUGAUCGAUUCCAUUCGGCUUGAUGUUGAAAUGUGUAGUCCACCAGAUUUGGUUCAUGCCAUGAAUAUAGCUCGAGCUUUUGAAAAGAAACAGAAGUUAGUGCGGGCAACAUCUUCUCGAAGGGAGACUUGGCAAGGGACUAAAGGCUAUUUCAGUACUACUACAAGUUCAACAAUUCCAACUCCAAAGGGCAGCAAUGCACCAGGUGGUAUUACUGAACCAAAGUUGGUAAGUUCAUCUGCUCCUUUCAUAAAGAAGUUGUCACGAGCUGAAAUGGCAGAGAGAAGGGCAAAGGGAUUGUGUUAUAAUUGUGACGAAUUGUAUUCGAUUGGGCAUCAAUGUAAGAAGCUAUUUUGGUUGGAACUUGCUGAUCUGGAUGAUGAAGAACCUGACCAUAAAGAUGCACAAGAACCUGAAAUUUCCUUAUAUGCCAUCACGGGACAGAAGAACGCAAGAACAAUGCAGUUACUAGCAAUCAUGAAAGGUCAACCAUUGUUGAGCCUGGUUGACUCGGGCAGCACACACAAUUUCAUAAGUUACACAGCAGCGCAACACUUGGGGAUGCAAGUACAGCCUGGGACAAGUGCCAAAGUAUCAGUGGCUAAAGGAGAAAAAGUUUACAGCAAAGGAACUUGCCCAUCAGUAUCCUUCUAUAUUCAUAACCAAAACUUUGAAGCUGACUUCUUUGUUAUUCCGUUAGAUGGCUUUGACAUUGUUUUAGGGGUGAUUUGGUUACAAACAUUGGGCCCCAUUCUUUGGGACUUCGUUACACUUGAAAUGAGUUUUACUUCAAAUGGGAAACAAGUCGUCUUUCAAGGGCAGCAAACCCGUUCGAAAUUGCAGCUUCAAUUAUUGCAUGAUUUAGAUGAGCACCACAGCAAACUGGAGCAGAAAGAUGAGAUAGAAAAACAGCGUGCAGAUAUGUUAAGACAAGGAAUCAUUCGGCCUAGUAGAUCACCCUUCUCAUCUCCAGUUUUAUUGGUUCGUAAGCAUGAUGGAACUUGGCGUUUUUGUGUUGAUUAUCGUGAGCUCAAUGCCAAGACAGUGAAGGAUAAAUUUCUCAUUCCAGUGGUGGAUGAAUUAUUAGACGAAUUGUACGAGUCCAGAUACUUCACGAAGCUAGAUUUGAAGUCGGGCUAUCAUCAGGUCCGCAUGGAUCCCCUAGACAUUGAGAAGACAGCUUUUCGCACGCAUCAUGACCACUUUGAAUUUUUGGUUAUGCCGUUUGGAUUGUCCAACGCUCCAUCAACAUUUCAAGCACUAAUGAAUGAG